UUCUGUGGCUCUAGGCCUGUGGAGGCCUGGACUGGACCAAUCACUGACUCAUGGACAUCAGCAGCUGCAGGGUAUCUCAGCAGAAGGUGGCUUAGCUGUGGUCAGGCGGCUUCCUGACCCCUUCUCCUUUGAGAGGAGAGAGAAGGGCACAAUUGGACUUUCUCGGCCCUCCAGUCCCCCUCUCCUGGGGACCCUCAGCUGUGGUUGCACCAUGUCCAGGCCAGGCCCUGGGGCACUGAUCUCCAUCAAUGGCCUGGGGUUCCCACCCCAAAACCUGGCCAGGGUGGUGGUAUGGGAGUGGCUGAAUGAAUACAGCCGCUGGCGCCCCUACACGGCCACGGUGUGCCAUCACAUUGAGAAUGUGCUCAAGGAGGAUGCCAGGGGCAGCGUGGUCCUUGGCCAGGUGGAUGCCCAGCUGGUGCCCUACAUUAUUGACCUGCAGUCCAUGCACCAGUUCCGCCAGGACACAGGGACGAUGCGGCCGGUCCGAAGGAACUUCUAUGACCCGUCCUCGGCACCUGGGAAGGGCAUCGUGUGGGAGUGGGAGAACGACGGUGGCUCCUGGACACCGUAUGACAUGGACAUCUGCAUCACCAUCCAGAAUGCCUAUGAGAAGCAGCAUCCGUGGCUGGACCUUUCUUCACUGGGCUUUGGCUACGUGAUUUAUUUCAACAGCAUGUCUCAGAUGAACCGGCAGACCCAGCGGAAGAGGCGGGUGAGGCGGCGCAUGGACCUUGCCUACCCACUGACCAUUGGUUCCAUCCCCAAAUCCCAGUCCUGGCCAGUGGGCGCCAACUCGGGCCAGCCGUGUUCUUGCCAGCAGUGCCUGUUAGUCAACAGUACCCGGGCUGCUUCUAAUGCCAUCCUUGCCUCACAGCGAAGGAAGAUGUACCAGGCCUCGGGCAAUGGCACGGGGACAGGCACGUUGCCCGUGCGCCAGAGUAACACCUUCAACGGGACCGGGACUACACUGUGGGCUGGGGGCACUGGCCCCCCGGGAGGGGCAGCCAAGGGGGAGCCCGGGCGGUCACCUGGUGGGGCACCAGGGGGCAACUUUUCUCGGAGCCAGAGUGCUCCUGGUGGUGCCCAGCUCCCCAGACAAAACAAUCUGAACCGGCCGGGAACUCAGCGUGUGGCCGUCCUGAGUACCAGGGCAUCUAUUCCACCUGGGGUCCCAGCACUCCCUGUGAAGAAUCUGAAUGGCACAGGACCUGUGCACCCAGCCCUGGCAGGGAUGACAGGAAUCCUGAUGUGUGCAGCAGGGCUGCCAGUCUGCCUGACCCGGGCUCCUAAACCCAUCCUACACCCACCUCCCAUUAAUAAGAGUGACAUCAAACCUGUGCCUGGCAUCCCAGGCAUCUGCCGGAAAACCAAGAAGAAACAACUGAAAAAGAGUAAGAAUCCUGAGGAUGUGGUUCGAAGAUACAUGCAGAAGGUGAAGAAUCCGCCUGAUGAGGACUGCACUAUCUGUAUGGAGCGACUGGUCACCGCAUCCGGCUAUGAGGGUGUUCUCCGCCACAAGGGUGUGAGGCCAGAGCUUGUGGGCAAGCUGGGCAAGUGCGGGCACAUGUACCACCUCCUGUGCCUGGUGGCCAUGUACAACAGCGGUAACAAGCAGGAUGGCAGCCUUCAGUGCCCCACCUGUAAGGCCAUUUAUGGGGAGAAAACGGGGACUCAACCCCCUGGGAAGAUGGAAUUCCACCUCAUCCCCCAUUCACUCCCUGGCUACACGGACACCCAGACUAUCCGAAUCGUCUAUGACAUCCCUACUGGGAUCCAGGGUCCAGAGCACCCCAACCCUGGCAAGAAGUUCACAGCGAGAGGCUUCCCCCGGCACUGCUACUUGCCUGACAACGAGAAGGGCCGCAAGGUGCUCCGCCUACUCAUCAUGGCCUGGGACCGGAGGCUGAUCUUCACCAUUGGCACGUCCAACACCACGGGUGAAUCAGAUACCGUGGUCUGGAACGAGAUUCACCACAAGACGGAGUUUGGCUCCAACCUCACUGGACAUGGCUACCCGGACCCCAACUACCUGGACAACGUCUUGGCAGAGCUCACAGCCCAGGGAGUCUUGGAGCCAUCCUCAAAGGACUGAGACCUGGGGCCCUCCUCCAGGCUGUCCAUGCUCCUUGCUCUACUGGACAUCUCUCACUCUUCUAUCCCUUCACCCUCCACUGCCCCCCCCACCUGGCAGGCUUCCAGGAUCCCUCCUACCCGGGAAGGUGGAAAUCAGUCCUACCAGGGUCUAGGCUGGGGACAAAUAUUUAGAUCUUCCCUCUUUCAGUAUGACAGCAAGUGACAGAUUGACAAGCAAACACACAUUCUUGGGAGGGAGGAAAUACAUACACACCAAAAAACCCUCCAAGAAAACACCCUGGGCUCCUGAAUGAAAUAAUACUUUCCAUUUAAUAGCAUUCAGUUUACAAAACACUUUCCUCACAACAACCCUAUGAGGUGGGCAAGUCAGGUAUUUGUGGUUCCAUUUUACAGAUGAAUAAACUGAUGUUCAGGCAAGGGGAAAUGACUUAGAACUGGAAGAAAUCUUAGAGAUCUGCUGGUCUGAACUACUCAUCUGCUCAGAGCAGAAGAGGCUUGUCCAAGACCACACAGCCAGGAAGUAACAGAUCUGUGCCUUGGCUGACACACUAACCUAACGGGAAUUUAGCAUCUCACCCAUGUUAUCACACACACACACACACACACACACACACACACACACACACACAUCAUAGAGAAACACCCAGAACUGUCUAGAAGCACCCACCUCCCUCUCCCCCUCCCCCAUCCUCUGUCUCUCCCUCCUUCCCUCCCCCUCUCCCUUUCCCUCCCCCACUA